UCGUUUCCCUUAUCAUUAAAUCGAAAAUGACGCAGCAUUUCAGCAUAUUCUCCCUCUCUCCCUUCGGCCCUUUUGCAACUCACCUCACCUGCCUUUCCCUUCCUCGAGUCAUCAUUAAAUCACCCUUCUUUAGGUAAAUUGGGGAACAGGAGGAACAUUCUCUCUCUCUCUCUCUAGAUAUAUUUAUAUAUAUUUUUACUUUGGAGGGGAGUUUGAUCGAUGGAUCUAUGGUGCCUGCAUGCCGAAAGCAAUGGAUUUCUCCUCGGAAAUUCGUUUUCUGAUAGGCCCCUUUACUGGAACUUGAGAAAUAAUCAAUCAAUUGGAUGGCAAGUUAGGUUGUCGAGGAAGGAAUCUUCUCUUGGCUAUCGUCGGCAUCGAUCGGUUUCGCUCAGGGCUACGGGUAAAAAAAACAAUGGAAAUUCUAGUUCGGACUCCUACUCUGCCAAUUCUGGAGACCACGAUGAUUUGAAAGCUAGAGGAGAUGGAGUUAAGCGAAGCAAUGAUCCUCCCGGAAGUGAUAUGUCUGGCGAUGCCGCCGGUGUGCAGAAGUCUAAUUAUAAACCUUUGAACUGGAGAGAGUUUAGAGCAUUGCUCUACCUGCAGGAGCAGGCUGAAACUGCAGAUGCUGCUGACAAUCAAGAUAGAACUUCGCCUGGGUCAAAGUCGCUUCCCCUCAAGUGGGCACACCCCAUUUCAGCGCCUGAGAAUGGUUGCCUCCUUGUGGCUACGGAAAAGCUUGAUGGAGUUCGCACCUUUGAGAGGACUGUAGUCCUACUCCUGCGAUCUGGAACAAGGAAUCCAUAUGAGGGUCCAUUUGGGGUUGUAAUCAAUCGCCCACUGCACAAAAGAAUGAGACACAUGAGUCCUGCUAAUGCAGAGCUGGCAACUACAUUUGCUGAUUGUUCUUUGCAUUUUGGCGGACCUCUUGAUGCAAGCAUGUUCUUGUUGAGAGCUGGAGAUAACGGAGGCCUUGCCGGAUUUGAAGAGGUGAUUCCUGGUAUAUAUUUUGGCUCCCGAAAUACUCUGGAUGAAGCCUCAGCAUUGAUAAAGAAGGGGCAGCUUAGGCCUCAGGAUUUCAAAUUCUUCAUGGGAUAUGCUGGGUGGCAGCUGGACCAACUGUUGGACGAGGUGGAGUCCAACUAUUGGUAUGUUGCCGCCUGCAGCGCAAACUUGUUAUCUGGGGUUUCUGCACAAAAUUCUUCGUCCUCCUCCUCUGAAGGUUUGUGGGGAGAGAUUCUGCAACUAAUGGGGGGUCACUAUUCUGAUCUGAGCCGCAAGCCUAAGCAAGAUCUUUAGUUCUGGCUCAAAUGUACAGUGUUGAAACUCUUCAGUUUAGAGGUAGCAGUUUUGCUGCUGCUGCUCCUCCUUUGAUGUAGCAUCUCUCUCUCUCUCUCUCUCACUACAUAUAUAUAUAUAUAUAUGUGAUAAAUGAUUCUAUUCUAUAUAACAUCCGCUGUUUUAUGCA